GAGGUUUUGGUCAACAGUCGCGCUUUAGCGUCGUAAACGUUAAUAAGUAUUUAGAUUGGCACCAACAAAGCGUUAAGAAGUGCUUCAAAUUAUUUGUGCAAAUUUGUUUAUUUUUUACAGUGUUUUUUCGGGAAAACAUCAAAAAUUAUAUAUCCUUUUUCUGUCUCUAAUAAAACAGAAAGGAUUUUUUAUAAUAAAGUUUGAAAGUGACAAAUAUUUAAGGACUUAAAAUGAAACUUUUUAUUACGUAUGUUUUGGGCUUUUUAGCCCUCGUGUCUUUGGCCAAUGCCACUUACAAACUACAAGAACGUUAUAGCUGGACUCAAUUGGAUUUCGCAUUUCCUAGUCAGCAGCUAAAGGAACAGGCUUUAGCUAGCGGUGACUAUGUGCCCACAAAUGCACUUCCUGUUGGAGUAGAACACUAUGGAAAUCGUUUGUUCGUUACGGUUCCACGUUGGAAAGAUGGCAUACCGGCAACUUUAACUUACAUCAACAUGGACCACAGCGUCACUGGUUCACCUGAACUCAUACCGUACCCUGACUGGCGCAGCAACACAGCUGGCGAUUGUGCUAAUAGUAUUACAACAGCUUAUCGCAUUAAAGUCGAUGAGUGCGGUCGUUUGUGGGUUUUGGAUACUGGCACUGUUGGUAUUGGUAAUACUACCACUAAUCCCUGUCCAUAUGCGGUGAAUGUAUUUGACUUGACUACAAAUUCACGCAUACGUCGGUAUGAAUUACGCCCAGAAGACACGAAUGCGAAUACUUUUAUCGCCAACAUAGCUGUAGAUAUUGGAAAGAAUUGUGACGACGCUUUUGCCUAUUUUUCAGAUGAACUUGGUUACGGUUUGGUUACAUAUUCAUGGGAACAAAACAAAUCUUGGCGUUUCUCAGGUCAUUCUUACUUUUUCCCGGAUCCUCUACGUGGUGACUAUAAUAUUGCUGGUCUCAAUUUCCAAUGGGGUGAAGAAGGCAUUUUCGGCAUGGCCUUAUCGCCCAUACGUUCAGAUGGUUAUCGUACAUUAUAUUUCAGUCCAUUGGCCAGUCAUCGUCAAUUCGCGGUAUCGACACGCAUCUUGCGUGAUGAGAAUCGUGUUGAAGACAGUUAUCAUGAUUUUAUGCUAAUGGAUGAGCGCGGUCCAAAUGCACACACAACUGCACGUGUCAUGAGUGAUGAUGGCAUAGAACUCUUUAAUUUGAUUGACCAAAAUGCAGUUGGUUGCUGGCAUUCGUCGAUGCCAUACGCACCAGAAUAUCACGGUAUUGUUGAUCGUGAUGAUGUGGGCUUAGUCUUUCCAGCUGACGUAAAAAUUGAUGAGAAUAAAAAUGUUUGGGUGCUGUCUGAUCGUAUGCCAGUAUUUCUUCUAUCUGAUUUGGAUUAUAAGGAUGUCAACUACCGCAUAUAUAAUGCACCGUUGAGUUCACUUGUGGAAAACACCGUUUGCGAUAUACGUAAUAAUGGCUAUGUACCUCAACCUACUGUUGUUAUUCCAAAGCAACGUCCUGUGUAUAAACAAUACGUCAGCGACAUCACUAAAAACACAGUUACUACACCUGUAAUUAUAGGCACGCGUUCAUAUUUGCCACCGUCUUCAAAUAUUGAUUACGGCGAGAAGACCAUACCAAGUGCUUAUGUCUUCAAUCAGCAUAAUGGACUUAGUUACGAAACCAAUGGACCACAUCUAUUUCCAUUGCAGGACAAAGAAGGCCUAAAGAACUAUGUUACCUCUCGCAAUUCAAACUGGUGGCGUCAUCAUCACUUGAGUUAAGAAUAGCAAUGGAACAUUGUCUUAGAAGUCUUACAAACUCAUUUCAUUUGCAUUAAAUUAUAUUUAGAAGACUUCUCUCUUUUAGUCUACAAUUUUCUUUGCAUUUUAACCAAAUCUUUUAUAAUUAAUACAAAUAUUUCAAUAAUUGUUAAAAUCGAAAUUUAUAUAACAAGUCCGAGUCCUUAACAAUCUUCAUAUCAAAUGACUAUUUAUGCUAUUCAUAAUCUAAGCUACAUUUUACGUGUAAAUACUCAACCUAAUUUAUAAACCAAAAUACCUGUAAGUGCCUUUUGCUCUGUGCUCAUCAAUAAGUUAAUUUUUGUGUUAAUUUAAACAUUUAAAAAUUUAAAUAAAUAAAAUAAA